CGAAGGCUUUAGGCGUGCUGCGGUGUUGCUAACCUUGAGUGAGGUGACCCGAACGUAAGACCCAGUAAAGGCAAGGAUGCAGUGGACGCAAGACAGAGUGAUUCGGGUUCUGUUCUGGGGAGGAUUCAGUCUCGUCCUCACAGAGAUCCUUAGUGUUAUUGGUCUCGCCUCCUGCUGCUAUCUCUCCUUCCUAGGCCUAUGGGGGCUCACCGCGGGUGCCUACCUCUUCCGCGCCUCGAUGCAGGUGUCGCCCACAGGGAAGGCCGUUGUGAUAACAGGUUGUGACACAGGCUUCGGCAAUGCUCUGGCUAUCCGUUUACACCAGCUGGGCUUCCGUGUAUUCGCACUCUGCCUCCGGUCAGAGGGCGCCGGGAUUCAGAAGCUUCGAGACGAACACUCGAAGCGUCUUCAUGUGAUUCAGGCCGACGUCACGAAGCAAGACCAGCUCGACCUUGCAUUGAAGGAGGUCAAGUCGCUGCUUCCGGUGGGAGAGGUGAUAUGGGGUCUUGUGAACAACGCCGGCGUGUGCACCAUCGGGCCAGUCGAGUGGCUCAGCAACGAGCAAUUCCGGAAGGACCCGGAGGUUAACCUCUUUGGAGUCAUAGCGGCCACCAAGACCUUCCUGCCCCUGGUGCGUCGCGCGAGAGGUCGAAUCGUGAACGUGGCGAGCGUGGCAGGAAGAAUCUGCGCCCCGCUCAUGUCGGCUUACAACGCAUCAAAAUACGCCGUGGAAGGCUUCAAUGAUGCGCUCAGGCUGGAAAUGCGUCCUUGGGGUGUCAAAGUUUGCCUUAUUGAACCAGGAAACUUCGGCAGUGGCACAGAACUGUUCACCCGAGACGAAGCAAUCAAGGAGGAGGUUGACAACAUGUGGCUUUCCCUGGACGAGGAAAUGAAGAGUGACUACGGCGAAGUGGGUCGCAAGAGGGUAGAGACCUUCAUGAAGAACAUUAGGAACAAGGGGGCCAGCGACAUCAGCCCAGUGAUAACCGCCUUCACAGAGGCCCUGACGCAGCAAUACCCGCAGACGCGCUACGACCCCAUGGACCCGAUGAUGUACUUCACGCUCUUCCUCGGCACGCACUUCCCCGGCUGGGUGUUCGAUUCCUUCUUCGCCUUGUUGAUUCGUUUGUCCAAGAAAUGAAUGGAGGGUGAGAGGCAUUCGAUAAAGCUGGGAAGGAGGAAGUGAGAUAUAUGUUGUUGUUUUUUUGGAAACAAUAAACCAAUAAAAUGUACAUCUUUA